AUGGGAGACGCCAUUCAGGAUGUCGCUGAUGAUCCCGAUGCCGUUGAAGGGGGAGAUAAAGAGGAAGAAGCAUCUGAUGAAGCGGACAACAUCGGGGAGGGAUACAUUGUUGAAGAAGCAGGAAGCGAGUUUACUAUCGCAAAGCUGUUGGAAGAGGGUGGUCUUGUAUGGGGAGAUAUCUUCCUUGGCGCUGGUGUAGUCCUUGGGGUCAUGUUCGUCGUCCUUUCCUUUGUUUUCCACAACACAACUCAAUACGCGGGAGUUUGGAACUUGGCUCGGCACCGCCUGGUUUGGAUGUUUCAAUUUAAGGAAUCUAACAAUACAGACAAAGGCCAACUGGCUAUUGGUCCUGUUGUAUUUGACAGCAACAACAAGAUCAACAUAUAUUAG